GCGUCCGCUUCCGGUUCCCAGACCGAACUGGCGGUGACCGGACCUUAAGGUUCCUGAGGCCUUCCUCUCGGGCCUUGCCGAAGAUGGAUAGCCGGAUUCCUUAUGAUGAUUACCCGGUGGUUUUCCUGCCUGCCUAUGAGAAUCCCCCAGCAUGGAUUCCUCCUCAUGAGAGAGUGUACCACCCAGACUACAACAACGAGUUGACUCAGUUUCUGCCCCGAAUCGUCACAUUGAAGAAGCCUCCUGGAGCUCAGUUGGGAUUUAACAUCCGAGGAGGAAAGGCCUCCCAGCUAGGCAUCUUCAUCUCCAAGGUAAUUCCUGAUUCUGAUGCGCAUCGAGCAGGACUUCAGGAAGGGGACCAAGUUCUAGCUGUGAAUGAUGUGGAUUUCCAAGAUAUUGAGCAUAGUAAGGCUGUUGAGAUCCUCAAGACAGCCCGUGAAAUCAGCAUGCGUGUCCGCUUCUUUCCUUACAAUUAUCAUCGCCAAAAAGAGAGGACUGUGCACUAGAAAAUUGCAGCCCACAGUCCUCCAUGUGGAAUCAGCCAGGACAAGCUGGCUAGGCCCCAAGGAAGCCACUUGGGAAAUUCUACUUCUCAGCCACUCUCUGGCAUAGUGGAGAGGGGAGGGUGGGGACAUAGCUAGGCAACUGCAUUACCCAAACUGUUCUGCACUUUUAGUUCCCUAGUUUUCUAGGUGAGCUUCAUUCCCUGAAAGGAGAAGGGUGAUGAUGUCUAGGUAUAACCUAGCCUGUGGAGAACCCAGCUGGAAAAGGCAGAUGACAUAUGUUGAAUAAUGUGGGCUAAGGACUCACACAUGUCAUAUCAUUUUUGUUAUAGAAAUCAGUAGGAAAAAGUAUCUUGGGGACCUCCCAUCUGAUUUGCCUGGCCAUCUCAUCAUCCCAUCUUUAUAAUUAACCAGAGCUCUCAUACACUUUGGAGACUCCAACCAGACCCUGUUUUUGCCCCUUCCUCCUCCUAUCCUCUCCCCCAAAAAGUAAAACUUAAUGUUGAAUAUAUGUUGGUGUGACUUUUGAAUGGUACUGAUCGGAUAUAAAAUGCUUUUGAGGCAAGAAAAAGCUAUUCCAAAGAGAGGAGCUACUAGAAGGAACAAAGCAACAAUUUACCUACUUCACAACUAUCUACGUCUGGCCAGAACAUUAGGGAGGUCCAGAAACCUUAGCCACAGUAUAACCAAGGAAUGGCACAGGGUGAGGGGUACUGGAAGAAACAGUGCCCUUUCUCCUAGAAGUUUGGACAUUUCUCUACAGGGAAUAGUAUUAAUAUAUUCUCCCUUUUCCUUUCUCAAAUUCUUUGAUCUGGAACAUAAACCAAAGAAGGGGCUUAAAUGCAUUUCUUUUCAAAGGCAGCAGUAAGAAAUUGGUUCCUGAUUUCCAACUUGUAGGGUUUAGUAGUACUAACUACUGACUUCCUCCUUUUCCUCACCCCAGCCCCAAAUAACAUGCCAUGUUUUUAGAUCUUUAGUUCCCAAUCUAUUGUUUGAGAUUCCAGGUCACACCUAUUCCAUCUCCAUUGACAUGUUCAAAAUACCCAUUCAGAAUUGAAAGUUUUCUAGUGGGGUAUGGGGUGAAGUGCCCCUGUGAUGAAGGCCCAAAAUUUGCCUUGAAAGAAUCCUGGGGAGCUCAAAUAUAUAUUUAAGGCCCUUUCCCUGGAGAGUGAUUUUGUUGGUAUGAGAUGGACCCUGGAAAUCUGAAUUCUUAAAUAAAAUAAA